AUGGGCUGCGCCUCCUCCAAACGAAUUGAGGCCACCGUCGACAUUUAUCGCCCCCCACCCUCCAGCUUCUCCGUCUUCGAUAUCACCUCCGUCCAGGAGCCUUGGCUCUCCUCGGCCGACGAUCAGCAGCCCGAAUUCGAGAAACCUGCCGGCAACAACGUGAAUGCCCCCAACCCUCUGCUCGAUAAGCUCCAGAAAUUCGAAUCCCCUGACGCCGCUCCUCGUUCCUGGGACGAGGUCAGCAAAGCCCUAGAAGACCUCAAGCCCGCAAUCAAACCCAAACCCAUCUCAGCCGCCGUCAAUCCUCCACCCCCUAAACCCCCCGUACCCGCCGCCGAUAAGAAGCCUUCCGCCCAGCGGCGGAGCUUCUCGUUUCACACCUUGGAGGAACUCGACUCCAAACUCUCCGCACCCAAACCGUCGAUGAGAAAAUCCGAAUCCGCCCGAAACGUCAAUCUCGUGAAAAUCGCAACCGGGGCAGAUUCGAGACUCGCUGCCGUUAAAGCCGCCGAAUCGACGCCUUCGACGGCUGCGGCGGUGGUCAUCAAGCCGGUGAGGGAGAACAUCUUCAUACUGCGCGACAAGAUGGAGCGAGAGAAGGAAGGGAAAUCGGUUCCCGUGAUAAAGCGGGACCCACUCAGCGAUUUCCCCGAGCUGUGCCCGCCGGGAGGAAACGACUCAGUAGUUGUCUAUACGACGUCGUUGAGGGGCAUCCGAAAAACGUUCGACGACUGUACGCGCGUGGCGAACCUGAUGGAGCUACAGCGUGUGGCGACGGACGAGCGCGACGUGUCGCUCCACGGCGGGUUCCUGAACGAGUUGAAGGAGCUGCUAGGGGAAUCGGCGGCGGGUUUGACCCUGCCGAGGGUGUUUAUUAAAGGGAGGUACGUCGGAGGAGUGGAGGAAGUGGAGGCGUUGAACGAGUCGGGGAAACUCGGGAGGAUACUGAGUUGGGCACGUGUGGAGAGAGGCGCCGGGAGGCACGCGUGCGAAGGGUGCGGCGGGGCGAGGUUCGUGCCGUGCUUGGACUGCGGUGGGAGCUGCAAGGUUGUGGUGGACGGAGUGAAUAAGGAGCGGUGCGGGAAGUGUAAUGAGAAUGGGCUUGUUCAUUGCCCGGCCUGUGGUUAG